AGGCAAGAUUCUUAGUUUAAACACUACAUCUGCCUCUGCGACAACAAGAAUGAUCUAAUAGGUUCUGCAUGCUACUUCUUUUGAAUAAUUGAUUGGUUCGCUGCUGGUGUCCAGGAGGCCGCGGAAGUUCCCCGAGAAAAGACUUAGGUUGAUACUCACAUUUUUUGGCUUGUUUUUUUUGACUCGUUUGUCGCUCUCUAUCUCUUGUUCGGUCCCUCACCUCGGUUGCUUUGCUAGUCAUAUGUCACAGAGAUGCACGACACGAUAUGACACUUUUUUACGAUGAAGAAGAGCCUUCAUCUUGCUGUCGUGUGUCAUAGAUCGGCAGUUUUUCUUUUGACAUCUCACUUUACUUAACUUUAGCAUUUAUCUAUGUGAGUGGCUUGGCUAAGUGUGAAACUUCUGUGCAUUCUGCAACAACUCACCUGACAGGGGUUGGUCUAUCAACCACCCGUCUGCAUGCAGCUCACCCUAUACCCAAACGCGCUGGGCUGCAAAUCAUCUAAUCAAUCAAACGGUGUUUUUUUAUGCAUAGAAAGAUAGUUUAAUCUAUCAGACGUUGGUGCGUCAGUGCAUCGCUCUUUUUCCCCAAUACCCGCUUUUUCUUCUUUUGAUUGUCUAGCCGCCAGAAAUGUCGAAGCGACUGGCGAACCCGAACUUCAAGCGCCCUCGGCGGAUGGAGGAUGCAAAAGAAGGCGUAUCUAUGAUUUUUGCCCUUUGAUUCCGUGAAUGACUGUUGGAUUGAAACUCACGUCUCGAGAUGAACUUUGAUUCUCUUGGAGCCGUAUACCAUAAAUCUUGCGCGGCGGUUAUAUUCGAAAAAACUUAAAAGUGUGAAUAAAUAAUUUCAUUUUAGAGACCACUAGUUUUGAUCUAUACUUUCUAUCCCUAUUCAUAUCUGUCAGGUGCUUCAUUCUCAUUCACUCAGUCAACCAAACAAUUCAUCUACCACUAUCUUUACCAGAGUGUUUCCGUCGCAGAAGGCGGCAACGAUGCUGCGGCGGAGGAGACUGGUGGUAAUAUCCCGCAAACAGCGUCGUUAGGUGCUAUGCCUAGUAGCCCGAAAAGCCCUAAGAUUCCGCUUGUGUUGCCUCUCGCACCGAAAGAAGGGUCCCUCUUGAAGAAUGUCGUCCCUUCGCCCGUACCAUCUCCCGUCAAGGUCCUUAUCGCCCCAAAGGGUGUUUCAGAUAUGGUGGAAGCACUGUCGCCACGUAGCCAAAGGGAACCCGCUGGUACUUGAAUUUUUGAAGAUCCGAUUACUUAUGUGAGGUUGUUCUGAUGAGAAAAGGGUUUUCAGGCAAUACGACUAAGCAUCGCGAAAAAAAUGUUUUCAGUGCUCGCUGUGAUGAACAUAUCUAGAGAACUUUUCUACAACAAGAAUUCACACUCGCAAGGUCCCACGUCACCUAAAAGCGGACUUGCACGAGACCCACUUGAGGGUAGCGGUUUCAUCUUCGCUGAUGACAAGCCUGCAUCACCGAUCGACACGCUUAUGCGCAGCGAGGCCGCCGAAGUCACAGUCGUAAUGGAACAAGGAGGUACUAGUUUGGUUUUUUGCUUUGUGAUAAGUAAAUUGUAGUUGCGACUCGCAGCAACGUGACGAAUCCAAUGUGAACUGCAUAAAGACUUGUUUCCGACACAGAAUAACACAAUUUGGAGUUCUCCCAAUAACGAUUCAUUCACAACUUCGAAAUUCCACAAACAGCUGGUGGAGUACUGAGUAAAUCGGGUGCCAGCGUAUGCCCGAAGCUCAGCGCGGUGCCACCGAGCCUUGUUGCAAAGCCACCGACUUUUCAAGUUAAACCGAAGGUUGGUCUUGUAUCGCAUCCGAUGAGCGCAUCACCCUUUCUAAUGGAAAAGUACUCGAUUUCCAGUCUGCAGAUGCAAGAAAAUAAGAACUCGCCAGCAGUCGGGUACUAUUCCAUCCGUUUGGCAGAACAAAAACGUUUUCUUUUAAUUUUUGACUUCAUCUCCCUUGCAAUCUGAAACCCAAGAUUGAUCACGAUGAGUUCGUCGUGUCUCAUGCAAUCACGAUUAUUAGUUCUCCAUUGAUUUGAUUUCAUACAUGUCUGAUGAAAAAUCACGUUCAAAAUGAAAUCAUACAGAUGGAAAUGGGCUCCGACUCUGUUGCAGGCGGCAACGCAACCAAAGGCAGCUCUCUCAACUACAUUGGACUACAAGCGCACCGUGCUCCAAAAUCCUUCCGUUCUAUUCUCCCCAUUACGAAGGGUUUCGCUAUUCUAAAUAGCACAUCAACACCUACCAGAUCUACGCUAAUCAUUCUCACUUCUAUGUCUACUACUUAUACUUAGGACAAGUCGUCUAUAGUUACGGUUACAUUCAUCAUGUAAAUCGAUUCAUCUAAUUUUGGCACCGGAGAAGAUCGAGUUUAAGAAGCUGGCCUGUCCUUCCCUUGGGGGUGCUACACCGCUCGAGUUGAAGAAGACCGCCGCAACACCGCUUCUGCCGAUGAAGGAGAUCAGCAUACCGGUCGUGCCGGGACUGAUGCUAGGCAGCAAGCCCUCUGUUGCUACGACGACAACGAAGGAUUCAGGGUCUGCAUGCUAGACGGUGACACGGGGGAUCUCAGACCUUUAGACAUCUACUACCACACCAGUUGUAGCCGGAGGAGGUUCUUGAAGCUAAUCUUCACCAUGGAAAAGCUUUGCUGCGGGAAGACAGAGUUUAGAACCAAUAUUUAGCAAACAUCAGGUUGGAUAGAUAUAGUACCGGGAAUAAGAAAGAGCGAAAAUAAACUAAAACUGCUUAAUUUACAGUGUUCUAAUAUCCGUCAAAUGGUGUGGGUGGUUUCUAUUGUACCAAGUGGAUAGAUGUACUGCUGUGACUGACCGUAGAACAAUGCAUGUUCAAGAUGGUCAUGAUUAUCUAAUUCUAGUCAAUUGAAACGCCAGAUUAGCACAGACUGCAUAAUUGUCUCGAGUAUUAUUUCAAAGCGCAGAAACCUAGUCAUUUUUUUUUUCAUUGUUUGAUCCUACUUGUAUACUAUGAGUUUAGUGAAACGCAUAGCAUUCAUUGAACAGCACGAGCAACAAGUUGAUAUGCAGCUUGCCUCAUCAUGCGCAUUUCUCCGAAUCUCCAGCGUUUCAAGACUGUAGGGUUAGACCGAACUCGAGAGGCGACGAGAUCUGGAAGUGCGCUCUGGUGCCGCAUAUUAGAAGCUUACAUCUGCAUCAGCAUGUGCAUAGAAAUUACGUAGUUACUAGUUCUUUCUCUUUUUUGUUCCUCCUUUUCGCAGGCGACCACGCUGUUAAUUCUUCAUUGUACAUCACAUACCUAUGAAUACGCUGAAGUUCUUGCAGACACAACCACAAGACUGCGAGUAUGACAUAGUUGUUGAAACAUAUUGAUACUCAUUUGAAUUGUAGAGUGAAAUAGCAAGAAUUACAGCAUAUUUAUCCAUUUUAUAUAUCAAUGAUUCUGGGGCACGUUAUUACUUUCGGAAAUAUUUCAUACUCGCCACUGAGAGAAGAUCGAGAUUUGUUUUUUGGGAGGGAUCGAUGAUACAAAGUAUCACGGAUCUAUAGUUUUAUAGCUUCCGCUGGGCGAGUGCCAAAGUUCAACCAACGAAAGUGUUGAAAUCAUGUGGAAGGAAAAGGAUCAUCUUCUUGCUAGCUAGAUUGAUCCAGUUCCCCUGUUCUGCAAAUGGCGAGAAUAUGAAGACGAAAGAAGUAGGAGGUUGCUGAUGAUCCCAACAC